AUGGAAGCGGCGGUGCGAUGGUCGCCGUUCUCGACCGGCGAUAGAGAGAAAUUCCUCCUUGUUGAUGUUACCGAUCAAAGCAUCACCUUGAACGAAAUCGACCAUCGGAACAAUGAACGCAUCAAAUUCCACGCGGUUGCCAAGUAUGGUAGACUGCCGAACUUCGGCGCCUUUGACUGGUCGAAGACGGACGAGGAGAUCGUGGCCUUGGGUUUGGUCUCUGGCAGUGCGUGUCUUAUCAGGCUCAGCGAAGACGCCAGACCAUCUGAGACUGUCGCCAACUUCAAGCUGAAGCAGCAGCGCAAAUGUAACUCGAUUGCACUCAGCACACAAAAUUGGCUGGCGGUGGCAUUGGACAAGACUCGUUCCGACAAUUGUCUGAAUAUCUACGACGGCACGAUCGAUUCAUCAAGCCAGGAACCCGUCAGAAGGCUGUGUCCAGCUGAAGUCGUAUCAAGUGUCCGCUUUUUCCCAGGACAGCCACAAGAGCUUAUUGUGGCUGCUCAGCGAUCGUACAUCCGGCUUUAUGACCUGCGAGAUGGCUAUUUUGGUAGCAACAGCACUGCACAAGUGAGCACGCGAAAUGUCAACAAUAUCGCUAUUGACCCUUUGGAUGAGAACUGCUUCGCUACUGCUGGGUCCACAGGAGAAUCCUCGGUGACGGUAUGGGACAAGCGCUGGAUUUCGCAGAAUGGCUCAGGUGGCGGAGGAGCGCUUUUCGAAUUUCAGCCUGCCGUGGACAAUUCUCAGCCUGCCACUGUAUGGAGUCUACGUUACUCGGGUCAACGGCGAGGUCGACUCGCUAUCUGCUCAAGUCGUGGUGAAUUGAAGGUCAUAGAUAUGGUUGAAGGUCACACUUCUUUGCUUCGAGGAUCAGAAUAUUUUCCCACAAGUCAGCACAUAGGCACGCUUUGGACGCAAAAUCGAUACGUAACACAGUCGAGAAAUGUGCAACGACCGUCCCAUGACGCAAAAGAUGCGGCGGACAGUGCUCGGUUGAUAGCCUUUGACUGGAUCCUUGGGGGUGCAGAAGACUCAGAGCAGAAGGUGCUUGCGCUGCGCCCGAAUAGAGGCGUUGCCCAGCUGCGUGUGCCAUUCACGGUGCAGCACGCAACCGUGACACCGAGACAUGAUUUGAGCCUGGCCUUUGACAGCGUGUCGAUUCUGGAAGCAAAGUCGCCUGUGGACUACUCAAGACCCCAAGCGCCGUACGAACAGCAGCGCACUGCAGAAGAUUUUGGCCCUCUGGAUUACAAUGGCGAGCUCCAGAAUGGCAGAGGCGAAGACGAGAAAUUCACCUGCGACUUGGGCUCGCCACAGCUCGCGGGCAUGCUUUCUACAUCAAGCAUCCAACGUGAACGAUGCCGCCGCGGCUACCUAUUCGACUGCCUCCUAAACAAGAGCAUUGUGAGCGGCAACUGGCAACUCGAGCAGCUGUGGGACAUCAUCGAUCGUUUCCGUUUGCAAGCUGCCAAUGGUGGCAUGAUAGCUGAGCACCAGAGACUUGAUCUUAGUUUCGUGGGUGUAGGGGCCGUGUGCACCGAGAAGAUUGAAAAUAAUACAAAUCGCUCCCUCUCUCCCUUGUCUGGCAAGGUUGGGGAUGCAAUAGCAGAUCUUGCAGCGUCGAGAAAUCUACCUCAAUUCAGCGGCGAGAGAACAAACUUUCCAGAUCAUCGACAGCUUUGUCUUGAGAUGUGUGGCUGGAAGUACACCGUGGAAACCUUGGAAGAAGAGUGCCAGGAACUCAUCGACCGUGGUCUUUACUACCGAGCCAUCGUCCAAGCGGUACUGCAUGACUACAAGCACGUGGCCCUCAAUAUGCUUCGCUCCUUAAUUCGCAGCAAAACGGUACCCAACAUCGGCCUUGGUGCGCUGCUUGCCUCGGACACUAUUAAUGAGGAUCAGAGAGAGAUGUGCCAGUGGAUGGCUGCAGACACUGACGAUCCAGCCUUGAAAGCCUUGCUCACUUUCCUUCUGACAGGUAACUGGCGCGAUGUGAUGAAAACAAAUUAUUUACAUCUCGGUUAUCGUGUAGCACUGGGAUUGAAGUAUCUCAACGAUACAGAGCUUCGAGGAUUCAUUCAAAGUGAGACUGCCAGGGCUAUUAAGAAUGGAGACUUGGAAGGAGUGCUGUUGACCGGCCUCGGCGAACAAGCUAUGGAUUUGUUCCAAUCCUACUUGACUCGAACGAACGACUUGCAGACAGCCGUCUUGGCGACCGCGUUCACGAAUCCUGCGUAUGUGGACGAUGUGCGUUGGGACAUGUGGAAGGAAACAUAUUGGAUGCAAAUGCAAAGCUGGCAGGCCUUCACGCAUCGAAGUCAAUUCAUCGUGCAGCAUAGUCUCAUGGCAAGGACUCCAGAAGGGCGCAGUCUGCUUCAAGUCCCACGGGCAAGCGUUACUCUGCAGUGUAGUCACUGUCAGCUCGCACUGACCAAAUAUGAUGGCCGGAACAGCUCACCCCGAAUCUCAACCCCUCCCUCCGUCGCCAAGGGCACUGCUGCGAUUGCAGCGGGCAUCGUUUGUCCCAAGUGUGGAAGACAUAUGCCUCGUUGUGGAAUAUGCAAGAAGUGGCUCGGCACACCAGAUCCAAAUCGUCGUGGGGGAGCGAAGGAGUUGCAGAAGCUCAAUGAGAUGAUGGCAAAAUUCUUGACAUUCUGUGUAAGCUGUGAGCAUGGCUUCCAUGCAGACCAUGCGAUGCUGUGGUUCAAGAAGCACGAGAAGUGCCCGGUGCCAGGUUGCGAUUGCUUAUGCACAGUCAAAUAG